AUGCGGGCCCUCUAUGCGCUCCUCGUGCUCCUUGCGCUGGUCGCUCUCGCCUCUGCCCAGGACGCCGCCACGACCACCACUACCGGCACCGCCGCUGCGACGACGACGACCGGCAGUGACACCGCCUCCUCGAAAUCAAGCAGCGCCGCCAGCGACUCCGCUGCCACCACGCAGUCGGCCGCUUCCACCACCGCCGCCGCCGCGACCACGGCGACGACCGACGAUGCCUCGUCCACCACCCGCAGCUCCGCUACCACCUCCUCGGGCACCGCCACCUCGUCCGUGCGCUCCCUGACCGGCCUGCCGACCUUGGCCGGCGCUGGCAUUCCCACCGUCAUCGUGCCCGAUCUCUCGAGUGCGCCCUUCAUGCAACAGUCCACCUACCCGGAGGGCACCGUCUUCAUCUGCGUCGGCGCCAUCCUCGGCUUCCUCGGCAUGUGCAUCCUGGCUUGGCGUGCCAUCAUCGCAUAUGCGCUACACCGCAGUGUAAAGAAGGCUGCCGUGGCCCAGAGCAUGAGCGACAGCAAGACGAUGCGCGGUCCCGGCUCCACGUAUGGCCCCGGCGGCGCCAUGUACAACGCAGUGGGACACGGAAGUACCUUGUCCUUGGAUCACCUCAAGUCCUCCCACGGUGCCCCCAAGUCUCCGCUGGAGAAGACGCGCUUCAUGCCUAGCCAAUCGUCGCUCUUCUUUUCCCCUACCGCCGACAACCCGAACCGCGCCUCGCACUACAGCGUCUCGGGCAAUCGCUCCUCAACCUAUCUCCCUGCCGGCUACUACGCUGCCGGCAACUCGACCCUCAGCCCGACUGCCAACACCUUCGGGAACCCGCGCACCCGUUCCGUGUACUCGCAGAACUAUCUCGGCCCCUCGCCGCCCGAGUCCCCCGGCCUGCCGCCGAGUUCACGCGAUGGCCCUUCUCUCGUCCCGCACAGCCCGCUUGAGGCAAGGCAUCUCGGCAGCUCGUACAACAAUGCCGUGUACCCACGACCCACGGGAAGCCGCGGCAAUGAUUCGUCCGCGGGCGGCCGCAGCAGUGUCGCCGGCACUGUGGCCGGCGGAACCAGCACAAGUACGCUAAAUCUGACCGCUGCGCCGCAGGGCCGCACCCCGAGCGCCUACCUUGAGGACCUGUUCGAGAACGGCACGGAUCUGCCAGGGCCGGCUCCGGACCACCACACUCCAAGACGAAGCCGACGUGAAAGCGGCUCACGCUUCUGA